UAACUAGUGACGUCACUACAGCAUAUUAUGGACUGCCCGCCAUUUCCCCGCAAAAUUUUUGUCGCCAUUUUCGAGGAAGAACCAGGCAAGGUUUUCUCCAAUUUCGUCUCAUCGGAGGAGAAUAGAGCCGUGUUUUGGACAGUUUCGGAUCCUAUGGAACACUCUGGAUAAAUUUUGUGGGGAUCCUAGGGCUGAAAAAGGCGGGAUAGUGUCGAAUAAAUGCGGAGCGGGUCCGGCGCCCCCCUCCCACCCCAGAGCUCGAGUGUACGUUGGAGUUUGGAUUCGCGCCUAGAGUUUUUCUUUCGUAUGGCGACUUGACAUUCGGUGUUUGGUGCUGGAUUUGACUGACAACUGUCCCUUGAACCCGAUUUCUAAGAUAUCGUGCAGGUUACCAGUUGACCUUCCGCCAUGUUCUGGAAGUUUGACUUGCACACGACGUCGCACAUCGACACCCUACUCGACAAGGAAGAUGUCACGCUGACCGAACUCUUGGACGAGGAUGACGUCCUGCAAGAGUGCAAGGCUCAGAACAGGAAGCUUAUUGACUUCCUGAUUCGACCUGAGGUGAUGGAAGAGCUAGUGAACCUGAUCACCCAGGACCCUCCUGAUGAUGUGGAAGAGAAGAUCCGUUACAAAUACCCCAACACGGCCUGCGAACUGCUUACUUCCGACGUCUCACAGAUCAACGACAAACUCGGAGAUGACGAGGCCCUACUGAAUAAGCUGUGGUCCUUUCUGGAGGCAGAACCCCCCCUGAACCCCCUCCUGGCCAGCUUCUUUAGCAAGGUCAUGGGCAUGCUGCUAGCCAGGAAGACGGCUAUGCCUCAGCAAGAUUGGGACGAGGGUUACAAGAUGUUGGAUUUUCUGAGACAGAAGGAAGACGUUGUAGGACUGCUUAUAACGCACCUGAGUACGUCCGCCAUCAUGGACCUCCUGUUGCGCCUGCUUACAAGCGUGGACGCGCCCGAACUACGGACAGAGAUGCUUCAGUGGUUGGAUGAUCAGAAACUGAUCCAGAGGCUGAUCGAGGUUUUGGAUCCCACAGGAGAUGAAGAGAAACACAGCAACGCUGCCCAGUCUCUGUGUGACAUCAUCAGACUGAGCCGAGAACACAUGUCCCAGCUCCAGGAGCAGGCCGAGAACGACCCACUUCUCACCACCAUGGAAAAACAAGAGACCGUAGAAGAGCUGCUGAACGUUAUCCUGAACGGUGAGAAGACAGAGUCAGCGCUGGUCAACGGUAUCUCUGUCCUGCUGACACUACUGGAGUUCAAAAAGCCAGGUUUGCAGUAUUUCUGGUCAUGCAGCCCGGACGGUCAGGACCAGAUGACCCCGCUGGACGCCGAGAGGCUGGCGCAGGGCGUCAGUAGCGCCAUCCUGGGUAUCACACCAAGGUUGAAAGAACUGCACCAGCUUUUGAUAGAGCCGCCCAAGGUAAAGCAACGUCCGAUGCCGACUUCGGUGGGCACGAUGGAUCCCCCGUUCGGGAACACCAGACUACACGUGUGCCGCCUCAUGGCGUCCUUACUCCUCACCAACACCCACCAAGUCAACAUAGAGCUGGCAAACCUAGGCACUCUGGACAUCAUGCUGGAUUGCUUUUUCCGGUACAUUUGGAACAACUUCUUGCACACCCAAGUAGAACAGUGUAUAAACACCAUCCUGACCAACCCCCCUUCAGACGACUCUCCCAACCAGGAAGGCAACCCCGAACCCAAACACCCUCUAAUAAACAAUCUUUUGGGCCAAUCGAGAAUCAUCCAGAGGAUAUUGGAUAAGUGGGAAGAAGAUCAACAAAUAGAAACUCAAGGUGGAAACAGACGAGGGUACAUGGGUCAUCUCACUAGGAUAGCUAACUCCCUUCAAACUUGCCUUGAGAAGGGACCCAAUAAGGACCUUGUCAAGGAGAUCUUUAAAGAGGUUCCAGAAGACUAUAGAGAGAGAUGGGAAACCUUUGUCUCAGGGUCUUUAGCAGAAAUCAACAAGAAAAAUACAGUAGAUUUGACGACCAAAAGACAGAGAGCAGUGUUCAGUCGUUAUGCAGAAACAGUUGAAGAUAAGGUUGGUAGCCACCCACUGCACUCCUCUAGCGAAGACGACGACUCUGAUUUCAAGGACAUCCCCUUUCCUCCAGACUCCUCCUUACAACAGGCCUUUUCUGAUUAUCAGAUGCAACAAAUGACGUCCACUUUUAUUGACCAGUUUGGCUUCAACGACGAAGAGUUUGCUGACCAGGAAGAAAAUGUCAAUGCACCGUUCGAUAGGAUAUCUGACAUUAACUUCUCCACAAAUGCAAAUGAAGAAAACCCCAACAGAGCACUCUUCGAAGCCUAUUGCAAAGAGGUCAUGAGUACCAUAGGUCCCAGCACGCCCAACUCGGCACUGUUUGAGGCAUGCUGUAACGAGCGAAUCAGCACGUUCGACGAUAGCGGGAGCGAUGAGGAAGACAUCUGGGAGGAGAAGGAGCUGACGUUCUCAUCCGUCGUGGAGUCCAGACAAAGUACGAUAUCCACCACAAGCAAUGACCAGGGUAGCGAUGGGAGUGACAACAGCAGUGACAGCGAGGAGGAUUCCGAGGACACCACCUCACCGCUGCGCUCCGACAAACCGCCCUCGCCGCUGAAAACGAGCAGCCCGAAGCCCGACGCCUCGCCUGCCUCUCCAAGUGCCUCCGAGGACACCAAGAUGGAUGUCGACAACAGCGAUGGCUGGACGGCCACAUUCGACGAAUCUCCCAUGGAUGCUGCGCCCAUUGCCAUGGAAACGGGAGCCGGCGGCUGGGACGACGUCACCACGACGACCAACAAAACCGCCACGGAUGACGGGUGGGCGAAUUUCGAUAGUGUCCCGCCGAGUAAGCCCAGUGGUUCCGAGAAACAAGACGACUGGGCCAGUUUCGCAGACUUUACCCCGUUAGGACCUAGUGACAGCAAUAAUCCAGAACCUCGCAGUAGUUCGCCAAUAGCCAUGGAGACCAACGAAGCACCGACAGACGGUCUAAGAAAAGGAGUCGCUUAUCUGAUGGCUAGUGCACCUGCAGAUCUCGCUACCACUGUACAACAGUCUACCAGGUUACCAGAGGUCGGUGAGAGCAGCACCGAUCCUGAAGACGAGUUCACGUCUAUAAGAAAUUCCCAACCACUAGCAAAUACAGUAGAGGCAAUGAACGUGGACGAAACCCCACAACAGACGGAGCAGCCCAACAGAACCGGCGUGACGGAGGGGACGCCCGCCAGCGAGACGAGACCGACGGAGACGGGAGAAGCGCCCGCGGAGGAGAAAAUGGGAGCGGCCAGCUCCAGGGAGCAAAGCGAAACAGUUCAGGGGUCACCAGCCAAAGACGGCAGCAGCUCAUUAAAGCAGGGAAAUUCUGAUAACAGAGAAACAAGAACAAGUUCUUCCAGCCCCACCCCUUCUCCCAGUGCCUCACCGACAAAACCAGCCCAGCCAAACACUCCAGCAACCGUCGGGGACAAGGACCAGAGUAAUAACAACACUCAGCAUCAACAACAACAACAACAACAACAGGGCACAGAGCAGGGAAGUCCUGGCAACACAAACGACCCAACAGAAGAGCUCAGUCAGAACUUUAAUAUCCUUUCAUCUGGUGUGACGAAGAAAGAAGGGGAGGAGGCAAAAUCAGCCCCGACCCCGGGAGCACCCAAAACAGACAACAGUCAUGUCAACCAGACGGACCCUGCUGCCACAACUGAGAACUCUGUGGAGAUGAAGAUAGGAGCAAUGGAAACGAUGAGGCCAGAAGGUACGAAAGCUCCUGUGGAGACUUUAGUUCCCGCGACUGGUGCUGCUAACGGGCCCGUUUGACUCCACCCAUCCGCCCUGCCAGCUGAGAGGACCAGGCUCUAUUUUUCUAGAUGAUGAGUAACGCUGUAUGUAGAGACAAUUGAGAAAAAACAGAUACAGUGGAUAAGUAGCACUCUUUCUUCACUUCCGACUUAUUUUCAGCAAUGCUGCUAUUGUUGGACAGGGAACGUAAUAUACGGGGAGGGGCGGGAGCACGUCCGUUGGCGAAACAAACCCCAGGUGUAACGCGUACACAAUAUAGGACUCCCCCAUCUCUGCAGGCGUAUCUGUGUACUGUAGGACUCGUUCGUUGCCUUUGUCACCCCACCCCUUUCAGGAACUUACAAGCAAGCGGGCACUCCGUCGUGCCAUGACGUGUCAACCUUGUCGUUGCGACCGACGCUCGAAAAAGCAGCGAACCCAAGUAGGGCUCCGUACAGACUAAGGUGCUGGCAUUCGUGUACAGGUUAAAAUCAAACGGGAAAUGCCAUACGAAGAAGUAAAACAAUAGAUCGUGUCUCAGUGUAUGCAGGUUACUAUCCUGUGUUCAAAAGGUGCUUUGUAUCUUUGUGGACUGUGCUAUUCAAGUCUCCCUCUCUCUUUCUCUCUCUCUCUCUCUCGGAUAUGCAAUGGCUUCCUAUACCGCGUGCUACGUCUCUGUACCUGUACCUUACGCAGAAGUGCUAGUCGUCAUUUGUGACACUCCUUCUGGAUAGAAUACAAAUGAUUGGUACGUUUUUAUUAGCUUGUUUUAGGAAAAGCAGAAGACUAUUCCCUGUGUGGGAUUGACUCUUGGGAGGGGGGUGGGCACAAACUGAACAUAUUUGUGAGAGCACUGUUGAAACAAACGUCGCGAGACAACUCAUAAGGAAGUGCCCUUCACAACCAUGUACAGUGUAACGAUGUGCGUGUAACCAGUUAAUGUUAAGCGUUUGAAUGAAACCAAAGUGCGGUGUUCGUGUGAACUGCCUGUUGCCACAAAACAUAAAUUCCCUUUCUUGCCGCUAACGUACAUGUAUGCCAGUAUGCUGCGAGUUUGAACUUCAAACCCCAGAUUGAAUUGCAACUCAAUGACACACACAGUUGUGCACCAAACUGCUGCUGCUGCAAAUCAACCCUUUAUAGAUGCACAAACGUACAAAUUUUUGUGUGCAACUGAACUAUUUCCCAAAAAAAUGCUUCUCAAAUUUUUUUAUCCAUGACGUUCAAGCCUUUUAAAUUCCCAUUUAAACUUGCCAUCUUUGCCAGUGUUUCUCUUCGUGUGUGCUUCGAUAGGGAAAGCUGUUACAUGUACAUCUAUAUCUAACAGCAUUACAAAACCAGCCGUCUACUUCCAUGGUACCUGCCCACCCCCCUUAACAGGGAUAGAAUCAUAAGUAAGAUAUUGAUAUGUAUCCUAAGGGGCUGUUUAUGUGCAGUGCAUUGCAAUUUUCAGGGCCUAGAAAUCGGCGCUACCCAGUUCUUCAAUGUCUCAUCGACUUACGCUGUAUACUUCCUAAAUCGAGCCGCUAGCAGUACGAUAUAUACCGUAUCCUGGUCUGGAAUACAUUAAUUUAAUUUUCAAAAAUGUGUCUCUUUUUGGGUCAGAAUGAUGACGACGAUGAUUAAGGUUAUGUGUAUUAUAUCUCUGAUGAUUUAACAUAUGCCAGAAGGCAAAUUAAUUAAUGAGUGCAAAGAAGAGGAUGUUGGAUUUUUAAGUAUUCCACUUGUUGUUUAUGUUGUUGUAAAUGUUGCCGUUUGUUUGACAACGGGGGAGAGCGCUCGGAUUGCGAGCGUUUGUGGGAUGUGAAUGAUUAUUCUUUAAGUUUAGCCUGUCUAUAUAGUGAUGAAUGUGUUGAGCAUUGCCAUGUGUCUAUUAAAAGUGCCACCAAAUUUAUUAUUAUCUUUACAUUUUUAGUGUUUUUCCUUUAUCGUAGUAGCAUGCACUCUUUGUUGCUUUUCUCCAUUCGCGAAAGAGCAACCAAAAUUUUUACAAGUGCCCCGUUAGAAGCAGCUACAACACUUGUACCUCUCUAUUCACAAUUGCAAAAAAAAAGUCUGCCUUAAAGAAUUAAAAAGUACCGACACUCGUGUCGUCUGUGAGCCGAGAAUCGUUAAUAAAGUUAUCUCAUGUUGUGUGAAUGGAUGUCUUACCCCAUGGAAAACAAUCGUUAGAAACCAAUAAAGGAAAGUUGGAAAGAAGUAAAUAUUGAAACAACUGCCAACGUCCAUUCCAAUGGCAUUCCUAAGUGUAGACUUUGACUCAAGUAACUCAAAAAGAAUCUGAAGUUCACUUCAUCGUUCAAAUUGGUGCCUGACGAUAAUGAGAACAAACUUGGUAGAUACAAAUAGAAACUCGGAAUCUUGGUAUCAAACCCUACAUUAUAUGGAAGCAUUGGAAUGAACAUUGAUAUUUGGAAUGGUAAGCCUGGAUGCUUAAAGGAGAGCCAUAAGAGUAUUUUCUGUGUGAAGUUACGCUGUAGGUCCAAUACGACGUUGUACAGUACAGCCACCCUCUGGAAGAUUCCCUAUUCUUGCAAAAUGCUGAGUACAGUGUCUUUGUAUGAGGUUUUUAUGAUUUCUCUGUUACAGUGGUUUCUUGAAAUGAGAGAUUUGAGACCGAAUAUUUGUAGGAGUGAUAUUAAAGAGUAACAAUGC